GACUUCAGUCAAAUCCAAUGUCAGCUGCUGGAGUGCGGCUUGCUGCCACGAAAAGGGUUCCAUCGCCGAAAGGAAAAGUGCAAGACGAUCAAACGACAUGUUUUAGGUAAACAACAAUGGCCUCUGCUAGUAUGCUGUUGUGGUUGCUGAUAGCGAUCUGUGUCAGUGGACAAACUACGAUGACCAACGCUUUCGUGAAGUUGGAAUGCAAGACAGACAACGUGGGGAAAUAUGGUCAUCAGUCAAUGUUGAAUUGUGGCAUCAUAACCUCAGAAGAGGCCAAAAAUGCAACUGUCAUGAUGGUUUAUUGGAAGAAGGACGACGACGUCCUGCUGACAUUUGAAAAUCCUGACAAUUAUUCGAAGAAGGCAAGAUUUUCCUUCACUGAGUCGUGGCUGAAGAACAUGAACGUGUCCCUGCUUAUUGCUAACAUGUCAGUGGCUGACGAGGGAGAGUACACAUGUGUGGUGAUUACUAGGAGAGGUAUGGAUGAAACCUCAACCAACCUCUAUGUCGCAGCCAGAUACAGCCAACCGACCAUCCUCUCCACCCCCAUGGAUGUCUCGCCAAAGUCACAAGUCACCUUGACCUGCAGCUCAGAAGGCUACCCAAUGGCCAGACUGGGUUGGUUUUUCGGACCCACGAGGAAGGAAAUCAGAUCCAAUAAAACCGAGGCGAAUGUGACACAAAACGGACUGUUCCACCUCUCCAGCAAGCUCAAUGUGCCGCCAGAGGAGAACGCCUCUGAGUACACCUGCGUGGUGUUCAACACCGCUGGCGGACAGUACGGCAAUGCCACACUGUUAUCCUCCAAGAAGAGUGCAAGUCUGGGAAAACCUAAACAAGGCACUGAUCUGGUCACUAAAAUAAUGGCGCCAUUGGUGGUUUUGGGCACUAUCAUCAUUGGACUGCUGCUGUGGAAGCGGAUCAGCAAGGGAUGUUUUCAAGGGUUCCGCAGAUAUCGAAAGAAAGAAGAUGCUGAGCAAGGUAAUCCAGAAGAGCAAGUUACCUUUGACCCACAAUGCGAAGAGAACUCUUGAGUGAGGAAAUGUCAAACGCCAACAUAACACCAGGAAUGAGCAGAAAUGAUUUGUAAUAAUGUGAUUGAUUAAUUGAGCCGUGAGAAACACUAACAGAGGACUAAUCAGAACUAUUGAGGAAGUAUUAAGAAAAGACACUGACGGUGCUAUAUAAGCUUUCUAUUGGACGAGGUAGUAUGAUUAUAUUAUAGGACUUAAAUAGGUCCUGCAGAUAUUCACUAAUGGCCCUAUUCUCCCAUGUGCUUAAGUGGAAAAAAAGGUGCGCAACCACUGCGCGCCUUCAUCCAAAAUGCAUGCUUUGGGUGGAGCAAGCCUUAAAGUACCAUUAGAGUUUAGGGGGGGGGUUACACAUAUGCGGUCCUCUCCAAGGUUUCUCAUAGUCAUUCACAUCGACGUCCCACUGGGGUGAAUGUCGUUGUGGCUUGUGCAGCCCUUUGAGACACUUGUGAUUUAGGGCUAUAUAAAUAAACAUUGAUCGAUUGAUUGAUAAACAUGACAAAA